AUGUGGAACAAACUGUUUAAAAGUAAAUCGAAAUCGUCGAAGAAUCUGUCCAAUCGAUCCUGCUCAUCCGGGCCGGAAAUGUCGUCAUCGAAUCCUGGUUCGUCCAAACUGGUAGAAAGCAUACCAAAUUUGACGGCACAAUAUGAACAGUAUGGAAGCGGCAUUACAGAAAUGCCGGAACCAGUUCGAUUGCGAUCUCGAUCCGAUCUCAAUGAUCUGCACGUACAAGAUUCGGCAGGAUUCACGAACCAUCGAGAUUCCGUGAGCGUAGAAAUGUGUGGCAUCCCGAUGCGUCGAUCAAAACUGUCCAGUGCGUUCAGAAGUUUGAGUUUAAAGAGGAGUGCAUCGAAAAGUCGACUCAAGUUGGUUAAGCAUUCAUCAGAAGAACCAAACACCAGUAUCUCAUCCGAACGAACUGAUGCUUCGUGGAAAAAAGGCCUAGAUGACUAUGCAGUUAUUACCACUGGAAAACGAGCCUCGCUCAGGUCAUGCAAAUCAGAUAACAACCUUGAUGAAAAACAACAGUACGCUGAAUUUGAAAAGGAGCAACCAGUCUAUAUCAAAGAAUGCAAGUCUUACGACAUGACUGAAAGUUCAAGCGAGCCACCUCUAAAUCUGGACUUGCAGCCAUGUCCCAUUUGUUUAAGGAAGUUUGCCCCAGCUUCGUUAAACAAGCACACCGCCAUAUGCGAGCGUGUUCAAUCCAAGAAAAGAAAACCGUUCGACUCCUCUCGUCAACGCCGGGAAGGCACCGAGCUUGCAUCUUAUUUGCCAAAAAAUUUUGGACUUCCUCAGAAGACGGUAAGCUCCUCGAUUGAGGCAAUUCCUGUGCGAAAACUGAGCCUCAGUAAAACACCAACAUUUGAGCGUAAAAAUUUUAAUUCCACAACGAUGUCUACGUCUAUGCCAAGCGCUUCAAACACACCAAAACCAGUACUAAAACGCAGCAUGUCGCAACAGAACGAACCUUGUCCAUAUUGUGAGCGAUGCUUUGGUAUGAAAGCUUAUGAUCGCCAUGUCGAAUGGUGUCGUGAAAAGGCUUUACUGAAUCGUAAAGUCAAUAACAACCAAAUCAUUUCGGCUGCAAAAGAAAGACUUCAAGCUAGAAUUCAAUACAAAGCUCCACAAAUACGAUCAAAACGUGCCUUAAAUCGCGAAAAAUAUUCUGGAAGCUUGAGCUGUGGGGGAUCUACGAAUAGUCUGGCAGAACUUGAUCUGCAUAUGCCUCGUCACAAUUCAAUGAGCUCAUCAGUUUCGAGUGACAAUAGAAAAUUCCAUCCAUCACCACCAUUAUUACAGCGAACUUUUUUGGGUAUCAACCACACCAAGGACCCAAAAAUAACUAUACGAGAAGAGACCAGGAAAGUUGCGAAACGGACCAAAACAUUCACGCUUAGUAAUGACCGACUGCAUAAUGAUACAAAUAACAACAAUAAUAGUAAAAAUAUUAAUAAUAACAACAACAAAAUUGUCAAUUACGAAAACAAUAGCUGCUGCAACCACGAAAAUAAUUCAAGAAAUGGCUGUGAUUGUCAUACACAAAUAAAAAACUUGUUAUAUCGCUCAACUCUAAACAAUGUGAAGGUGAAUAAUCAGGAUAAAAUUCGGACCGCCGAGAAGCGGAUCGAGAAGUUUGAAAUCAUUGGACAAAAACAUAGUGGUCGAAAACUCAACCAACCAGUCAUCUCACAAACCGUACUAUGUACGAGCGACAGUGGAUAUAGCCCUGACCGUUAUGAUCCAUUCCUAUCGGCCAGAAGACAGCUUGAGGAGCUAUUUUCUCCUACUACAUCAUUCAAUCACAUGAAUUCUUCAGUAAACACAACCAGCACAUCACGACUCAAUCAAAUUGCUUCGAAUGGUAGUGCUGCCUUCGAUAAGAUGGCAAAUAGUAAUACAACUAGAAGCUCCCCGUUAAACUCAAACUUUCGGCGAGCGUUUUCUUUACGAAUGCCACGCAAAGUAUCUCGCCCGAUGUAUAUAGAGAAGGCAAAAUCUAACAUACAGAAGGGUAUCACCGACGAUGGUCCGGUAUCACCCAAUUUCCUUAAAUCUUCUGAAUAUGACGAGCUUCCAAUCAAAUCGACAUUCAAUGCGCUCCAAAUGUCUGAAUCGAAACCGAAGCUACGCGACUCUAGCACUGUUCGAAAGAAUCUCAAAUUGGAAAACAAGGACUUGAAUAAUUCUGGUAGUGAGAUACUUCUCUCGAAAACGGACUCGCUGGCCGUAUUUCUAAAAUACGAAAAUGAAUUAGCGCUCAGUGAAAAAGAUAUAAAAGACAAAAGUAACAGCCUUAGUAAACGAACGUUAUCGUUAAAUGGUGAUGCAUGUCAACAAAAUAAGCAAGAACCGCCAAACGAUGUUCAGUCGUCAACGAACAACAACGUUAUUAGAGCGAUAGAUGAAGCGGAACAGCAGAUCAAUAGAAACCUUCAACGGACGCAUGAAGCUGUGUUGAAAAAGCCAUCCCAAAAAUUAAUUCCUAUUAAACUUGAACCAAGUAAUAUUUCCUACAACGAUUCUAAUGAAAGCGAUAACAUGAAACCAAUGGUAAUAUCGCUCGAUGCCAUUAUUGGUAAGCCAAACUCUUCGAAAACAAAACAGCAGCAAACAAACAACGAUUUCUGCGCAGACAGCUAUAUUGAUCCAAAGCUUAUAAACAAAUGUGAUAAUUUACCGAUAAUUAUUAAAAAGGCUCCUUUUAAUAAUAAUGAAGGCAGCAAUACCAGCAGAAUUAUCAAUACGAAUAGCAACGUUCCAGCGGAGCGGCAACACUCUGUUACGAAAAAGGAAGAGCUUCAAAAUAACCAUUAUGUUACACUUCCUGCAUCAUCGCGGGCUUCCACUAAUCGAAUACCAAAAGCGUUAGAAAUCACCAAUAGUGAAGUUUGUUCUACAAAUGAUACAAAUAUCGAUGAAAGUAUCGGCGUUGGCCGUAACACUAGCGAUCUUAGCAGUCCUAUCACAAGUUAUUCUUCCAGUCCGUCAAAACAUAAUAGUAAGAACGAAAGUAUAACCGAAGAAAAACGAUCACAAUUAAAUCGGCAUGAUCGAGAAGAUUCAGGACAUCGUACCGGUCAAGAAUCAGGACAUGCAGAUCGUCAGAAGUCACCCUGCGAAACGUCUUCAUUACUGUCGCAUUCAAAAAGUCAUUACGAUACUGCCCCACAAACUGAUAGAAUUACUACCAACUACCAAUUGAAUCAGCAGCCUGCACAAUUGGGUUUUAACAUUCAAUCACCUGCAAAAAUUUCGCCAAUCGUUGCUGAUCGUGAUCAGUCAUCAUCAUCAUCAUUAGCGUUAGAGCAUUUCGACGUUGAUGAGUUUAUGCAGUCAUUGGAGGAUUUACAACGUCGAUCGUCAACGAAUGCCAAGGACUUUAAAAAUUCACAGUUCGGUCGUACCACUAGUUUUGUAUGUUAUCGCAGUGCUGCGUCAAAUCAAAACGUUCAGACAAACAGCAAACGAAGCAAUAGUCUCGACAGUAGUAGUACGAACAACGUUGUCACUUCAAACCAUUUUAUUCGCAAUAACGAUAGUAUCGGCGUGCCUCGAGUGGAUGUGUGUGUGCGGAAUGGUAGCGGCAUAGCCAGUAACCAUAACAGUAGUAGCAAUAAUAGUAGUAGCUUUAGUAGCCCUAGCCAUUACAGGAAUAAUUACAACUAUAGUUCUUACGAUAAUAACGCCUCUAUUAAUAAUAACAAUCUGCAUAAUCACAGCACUGCUAUUCAGAAUAAAAACAGCACUCCGAAGCGUAAUUCUUCAGAUGAUCCACACCCUGUUGCACAGCAAACGAGUCACACUCGAAGCUCUUCGGCCGUCACUCGAAAACGACUGAGCGAAGCUACAGAUGUGAUAUCGUUUCCUGUUGUACUACCGUCAUCUACGGACGAUAGUCUCAGAAGUGGAUCCAUUUCUGCUGUGCAAAGUUUACCAAGCAUUCACAAGAACCAAUAUGCGGCUGAUUCCAUACGGAAUGGAAACGGUAGUAAUGUGCAACAUUUGAAUCAAUCCUGCUUUCCUGCGUCGCUUCAAAGUCCUGGUAACGGUAGAAAGCAUAGUUACGGUAACAAACUACAACAUGCUAAUCACAGCAAAACGUUAUCAACAAUUCAAACUCCAUCCUCUAUAACCGGGUACGUUCAUAACUCUCAGUACCCUUCGGAAUCGUUCGAUCAUCUUGAGCGUGAUUUACUAAAAAGUGUACAGGAGCUGGACCGUAUGUGCGGAUCCACAUCCUCUAUAUGCUCGAUCGAUUCUGAAGAUUUAUACAACGCGGAAAACUACACACCGAACAAACGUUCAUCGGAACGAUCGCAAACGAGUGCGGAUUCAGCGUAUCGAAGCAGUUUGUCCACGCAGUCACCACCAGAUCAUGGACCGCCUUUACCGAUUCGUCAGGCGCGUCCUGUAUCACGCGCUUCAUCUGCCACUCAAAAUCAUCCACCGCAGACGACAGAUACACCAGACAUGUCUGUUGACUCCUUUCCUUCUCAUACCUCACUACCGCCGCUCACCAGCGCUAAAUUUAAAGGCCACAAAAUGGAGUUAAAUAGCAAUAAGGAAACCACAGACGCAGGUGGGCUAAGCUUGAUUAUGAAUCCCAUGUCUAAAUUUUGUCACGAAUGUGGUGCAAGGUUUAUGGUCUGCAGUGCUAAAUUUUGCAUGUCAUGCGGCGUUCGGCGAAUAAUGAUAGAAUAGUUUAUCCUUGUUUUUAUUCCAUCUGCAUCGUCAAUGAAAGUUUGUUUGGAGACACCUUAUUAUGUAAGAAAUAAGUAUCCUAAUGUUACCAACGGUAGCGCUUGAUUUGUUUUUUAAUCAUUCUCACAAUCGAUUACUAUCUGCAAACAUAUGUUCAGCAAAAUAUUCUAAUAAUGCACCACAUAUUAACAAAGACUGAACACUGUAUCGAAAUGAUUGGGCAAGGAUUUGCGCGUUGUGUUAUUAUAGUACUUCUUUAAGCAUUUACUACCAGGAUCUAACAACAAUUAAGUUUAAACGAAAAAACAAAAAUCACUUUCACGCAAAUAAAUUGAAUCACCAGUCUACGAAUUGGUUUACUUGCUUUUAUAAAUUGGUGUGUGAAAAACGAGAAAAUGCAUUGCCAUUUUUAUCUACAGAAUGCUUUCGGCUUUAGCUAUCUUCUUACGCAGCUUUUAUAUAUAAAUAUGUAGGAUUAUCAAAGCACCAAGAUGCAUUUUAAAAAUUACAACAAUAACAAGAAAGGAAAAUAAAUGAUCAUGUUACGAGACGUAAGAUUUUAUGUUUUUAGCAAUAUUUACUCGUUUUGCGAAAACCAUGAUGAGCCAUAUACCCUAAAAUUUUGUUUUGAUCUAAAGGUUUAGUACAGGAAAAAAGUAAAAAUGUAACAUUUCUAUGCAACAAAAGAUCAACUAGAUUGAUUUCAUAAAAAAAUUAAAGAAGAAAAAACGAAGGAGAAAAGGCAUAUUUGAGCAUAUAAAUUUCGUAAAAUUGCAACCUGAGAACUAUAACUAAAGAUAUUCACAAUCAUACUAUCUUGACAAAAGUACCUUACAUUGAGUAAAGAGAAAGGACACACAUAUGCUUAUUUGUGUGACUAAAGCUAAUGACAAUGCAACAAAGCAUAUUCAUUUAUAUAUGUUCACAAAUUCAAGGUUUUUAACAGAUUCAAUAAAAAC